UAUUACAUAUUAUGAAUAAAACGUUUCGUAAACGGUUUUAACGUAGUUGUUGAAGAAUACGUUUCGAAUAAAUUCCACUUAAUAUUUUCCAACACAAUUCCAACACAACUUAUGUGUAUAUACAUAUGUACAUACAUACGUGACAAUAAAUUAACCAACAAUCGACUUGAUUUUGAUUAUAUUUGUUAGAAGUAAAUUUAAAUCCAAUAAGCGACUUAUAUGAAACCUUGGACUACACUUUCAGAUAUUUUUGCACUUAGUAGCGUUAGCUUUCCUUCCAUCCAGAGCAGUCGUGUGAAGAUUGAGGUAAAGUAACUAUGUCAACAAUUGAAGAACGUACGGCUUAUGAAAAGAAUCCAUAUUUUACUGGACAUAUCUACGGAAAUUUCUCCCCUUUUUAUGUGACGAUCGCUGUCUGUACUGUCGUACUUGGUUCCAUUAUCAUUUUAAAUAUAAUAUUAGGGUGUUGCUCCAAACAUCGUAAAUAUUGGCAGGAUAGGCACACAGGUAACCGAUGGUUGGUUUCCAUUUGGUCAGCUACGCCACAUUUGCAGCCACCCUUGGACUUCACAGAACUAAAAGACGCCUCAUAUUUUGAACGAUUCUACCCGAAAACGCAUAUCUUCCGCGAAGAUAUCGAAGCACCGGAAGUACACGUGCAACAGCAAAUACAAAUUGAGCCACCUUCUCAUCAAUUGCAACAACAAAGACCACAACGUCCGCAAGGCCGUACAUUACAUCAACAACGACAACGUGAAGAAUACGUUGAGCUGCAGAAGCGUGAAAGCGAUAUCUAA